AUGGAGUUGUCGGCUACACUCUCGCGCGCGCCAGCGAGACCGCAAGCGCGGGCGGGCGAGGAGGUUGAAACGGAUACUCGGCAGGAUGCGCAGGCGGAAGCGGGCCCACCUCCCCGUCGGCCGCCCGCGUUCUACAGCUCCGUGUUCGCGCAGAUCGAAGAGAUCGGGUGGGAGCAGGUGGACAUACCUUACCCACAAAAAAUACAGUGGUCAAAAAGCUCAAGACUGAAAGAUGUUCUUUGCCAAUUCCAAGCGCACCUGAAGAUAUUACAAGAGUUCUGGUCUACGAUGGACGAGAUUGAUAAGAUCCUUUGGAUUGUUGAUCCAACAAAGCCAUCCUAUGCUAUGUGUCAUCGUCAUAUAUGUUUAGGUGACGAUUGCUACAUUUUGUUGCAUGUUGAUGCACGCAAGCCCAACUCCUUACCAGAGUGUCGCUUCUUGGGCACAGACAGCAAACUUGAUCAGCUGAUAUUAAAUUGGAGAAAGAAUCGUAAAAAAUGGGAUGCAAAGAAAAGAUUCCCUGAGAAUUUGGCAGCCGUCUUGGACUAUGCACUGCCUGCACCCCCUUCGGUCGGUGGUAACGUCAAAGACGACGAGCAAGCUGAUUGUGGGAUAUGCUAUGUCAAGCAUCUGCCAGUUGAUGACGAACUCGGUGCUCACAGCGGGUGCGCGACGGACUACACGUGCGAGAACCCCAGCUGCAGCAGAGCCUUCCACUCCGUGUGCCUGAGAGACUGGCUGCGCUCCAUCACCUCGACCAGGCUGUCGUUCGAUAUCCUGUUCGGGAACUGCCCCUACUGCAGCGAUCCCGUCGCCGUCAAGAUCGUCGACCACUAA